UACAACACAGAGAGGCAACAGGCUGAACGGGGCUCAGACGGAACAUCACUACGACUGGAUAACAAAAACAAACCAGCGACUCAACACACUCUGGGCACUCAGACAGCUUUCUUCCACGUGAAAUACUUUGUUUUUUUUAAGAGACAUACUUUUUUAUCAUUGCUAACUCAGAUUUUUACCGGCUUGGGAUGUGACUUUCAGUGUAGACUUGCGCCCAGGCGGAGCUGUUUUACCCGGACAGAUUUAUCUUGUUUUCGCUUACGUUUCAUCCGUGAAGUUGCGAGUUUUGAGGGGCGACGGGUCACAUUUACAUGACACUUUAACAGUUGGCUCCAUCACCUCUCGACCAUGGCGGAAGCGGCCCAGCAGCCACACCUGGUGGAAAUCGACCCGGAUUUUGAGCCCCUGUCGCGGCCCCGGUCGUGCACUUGGCCCUUGCCCCGACCGGAGUUCAUCAACCCGGGCGACUCCAACACGUCCUCGCCGGUGCCGUCUGUGAAGCAGGAGCCCGCCGGCAACGCCGAGUUCAUCAACAACCUCAGCCUGCUGGAGGAGACCGAGGACUUCACGGAGCAGAAGCCUGUCAUCCUCUGCACUGAUUUCCAGUGUCAGGAGAACUGCGUCCACCAGCAACCUCCACAGCAGCAGCAGCAGCAGCAGCAGCAACAUCAGCAACAACAUCAGCAGCAACAUCAGCAGCAUCAGCAGCAGCAGCAGCAGCACCCGAACCCGCAACUCCCGCAUCAGCAGCAGCAGCAGCAGCAGCAGCAGCAGCAGGUGUCUCUGCUCUCCUCCCCGGUCGGCUCGUCGUCCUCGGCGGCCGCGGCCGCAGCUGCCGCCGCUGCCCAGAGGAAGAGCAGCUCCUCCCGUCGCAACGCAUGGGGGAAUAUGUCAUAUGCAGACCUCAUAACCAAAGCUAUCGAAAGUUCUCCUGAGAACCGACUAACUCUGUCUCAGAUUUAUGACUGGAUGGUGAAGAGUGUGCCUUAUUUCAAGGACAAAGGAGACAGCAACAGCUCUGCAGGCUGGAAGAACUCCAUCAGACACAACCUGUCGCUGCACAGCCGCUUUGUUCGCGUCCAGAACGAGGGGACGGGGAAGAGCUCAUGGUGGAUGCUAAACCCAGAGGGCGGGAAGAGCGGCAAGUCUCCUCGACGCAGGGCGGCCUCCAUGGACAACAACAGCAAGCUCACCAAGAGCAGAGGAAGAGCAGCUAAGAAAAAGCUGUCCCUGCAGGGCGGCCCUGACGGAGGCGCUGACAGCCCAGGCUCCUACUCCAAGUGGCCUGGCAGCCCCAACUCCCACAGCAACGACGACUUUGAUGCGUGGAACAGCUUCAGGCCUCGGACCAGCUCCAACGCCAGCACUCUGAGCGGCCGCCUCUCACCCUUCAUGCCUGAGGACGACCUCGGGGAGGCAGACGUACACAUGGGCUACCCAGGAGCCCCUGGGGCCAAGAUGACAGCCACAUUGCCCAGCCUCACAGAGAUGACGGGCUCUUUGGGACACAGUUCUGAGAAUGUCAUGGAGAACCUUCUGGACAACCUGAACUUGCUCUCACCCAACAACUCUCAGGUCGGAGGUGGGGCGACGACCCCUGGUUCCUCCCAGUCCUCCCCCUCUCCUAUGAUGCAGCCGAGCCCCGGGUACCCUGCUUACAGCUCUCCCAGCAUGGGCUCCCAGCCUCAGCAGGAGUACCGCAAGUGUGUGUAUGGCCAAGUGGGAAUGAACACCCUGUCGUCCAUGCCACUGCAGACACUGCCAGAGAGCAAGCCGAGCUUUGGGCCCGGUAUGGGUCAGUACAGCUGUCCUGGGCUUCUGAAGGAGCUGCUGACGUCAGAUACAGACCAGCACGGAGAGCUCAUGCCGUCAGUGGACACUGUGGUGUCUCAGUCCAGCGGAGGCUGCAUGCUGCCACCGUACAGCAGCAGCCAGCAUGCUGCCAAACUCAUGGGAGGAGGGAACGGUCACCCGCACAGUCUCUCUCACACUCAUCCCCACAAUGUGCACAGCCAAGCCCCGGCCACGUCACCUGCUAUGAACGGCCGCUUGCUCAUGUCCCUUAGCCAUAGCGGGGGCACCACGCGUUUGCCUACAACCAAAAGCCCCAUGCAGAUGCCUUAUGGCCUCUCGGGCCACCUCAGCGGUGGAGGCAUGCCUGGUGGCUUCUGCCCUCUCAACACCAACGGAUACGGUCGACCAGGUAUGCCACCGCCCUCGCACCCGGAGAAGCUGCCCAGUGACCUGGAUGACAUGUCUAUCGAGAAGUUUGAGUUCGACAUGGAGACUGUCCUCCAUGACACUCUGAUGGACGGGGACUCACUGGACUUCAACUUUGAGCCAAUGGUGACCCAGCAAGGUUUCCCCCAUGGGGUGAAGACCACCACACAUAGCUGGGUGUCAGGGUAGAAACUGUAGUGCAAAAAAAAAAAAAAGUUCUACUCAACUGACUUCUUGUUGUUGCCGUUUGGUAAAAGACACAAUCAGAACUCAUUUGAGACAAAGAAAAUGUAUCCUAGGAUGUUUAAUCUCAACAUCACCUGCAGAUUCUGUACCAUCAACAUUUUUGUUUUCAAAAAUACCUUUCUGAUCACUUCAGCAGACUAAGACUGGUUACGAUCUGCUGAAGUCACCAUUAGGGCCCCUGAACUGGUCAAGAUGAAAUCAGAAUUAUUUUUGAAAUAUCAAAUAUUCUGUAAAAACUAAGUGCCAAACAUUUUGCCUUAACAUAAGAGCCAACUGAAACACACCUCUCUGGUUUACUCACCAAGAUUACAGAUACUAUUUAGUGGUAGUGUUCGCGAUUUUUGCAUGUGACACUGCCAACUACAUCUCAUCAGCAGCAGCAGCAGCACAAACACACAACAUACAAUGCUGUUUUAUUGUGUUUUCACAAUCAGACUUUUUAUGUACAGUGUAGUGAUAAUUGAUUACCACUACGGACGAAUUAUGAAGGUAAUCUGGCUCAUGGGUUUUGUGGACUGACAUGAUGUUAAGAGACAGACCUCUCAAGGGAUCCUUGGAUGAUGUUACAUAAUAACUCACUUUGUUCUUGCCUGAAUGUACAUAAUAUCAUCAUACAGUUUGUAAAAUCAGGUCUAGUAGUGUGUUUUCUAAGACUGUAAAUCGUGUUUACAGAACAGAAGCAAAAAUCAAGGCAGCAGAAAUGAGCUCAUAGAGAAAACUGGAUCAGAUUCUUUUAGACACAUGUCGAGUAGACAGAUCUGUGCUCAAGGAUCUCUCUCAAUCAGGCUGUAAAAUGGUAAUACCCUUUCUGAUUUCUUGUACAUACAUUAAGAAUGUAUAUUAAAAUUAUGUAGUAGAUGUUUACUAGAUUUAGUAUAUAUUUGAGACCUAAAUUAUUUGUGGUUAAUAUAGAUUUAUUCUGGUGCAUAACCUGCACUCAGACAUCAGAACUGUUCUGAGUCGUUUGUCACUCUGAACCUUAAUACCACAGGGGCCUAUUUAUUGUGCCUAACAAAGUAGAUAUUGACUGCAGGCUUGAAGGGUUUUAUAUUGUAAAUGUCUACGGUCCAGAAGAUACUCAAAUCUAGCAGUCUUGAAGAAACGUACAGUGAAUUCUUUAUUUUCAGUGUCCUGCUUUCACUUUUCUUUUAGAAACCAAGAAGAAACGAGUGACUGUAGAUUGUUAUUGUUAGGGGUUCCUGAACUCUUUGCGCCGCUGUGAAUGUGAGGAGGUCGAGGCAGGUUAGUGGAUGAAAGAUAUUCUCAGUGCUACUGUUGUUUUCACACCAAGGCUGAGUCCAAGACCUGCCAGUGACUGUCAUUAAAGACACUGUGAGUUACCAGCCUGUCCCCUGUUCAGUGUCAGAACUUGUUUCGUUUUCCUCUUUGUCUCAAAAGGUUAGCGUGACUGAUUUAAUUUAGUACAGUAUGAUUCCUUUUAGGCCAAAAGAGCCCUCUGAUGCUGUCAGUCAGAUCAGCUUUGCUGCUUUUAAUGAGACUUCACUUUCACUCUGUCCUUCCUACCUCUACCUAUCUCUGUGUCUUUUUAAACAUUUGAUAUAACAGUAACAUGUGACUUGAUAUCUCCGAUCAUCUUUUUCAUUAAAAGUCCUAUUUUAAUUCUUUUUUUUUUUUUUAAUGUCGCCCCUGAACAGCGCCACUAAGUGUUAAGUAUCUUAUCAAGCUUGUAUAUUUGCAUUUUUCUGACUUGCUUUUCCCACUUAUUGCUGUACUAACAAUGAGCUUGUCAGCCUGUCAGAGACUCAUUAUGCAGAGUCAAUUAUAGUGUACAGGAUUUAGCCGACCUUAGAGAAGAUGCUUCUCAUGAGGUCGACUGAUAUGGUGGCUGAAAGACCAAGUGGCUUAGAGGUAAACUAAAACUGAAAACUGCCUAUUCAAAUUAAUGUCUUUUGUAUGUUUUAUUCAGAAACCACAUAUAUCAAUGGGUGUCUGAUCAUAUGUUGGGGCCGUGAGUAUGCAAGUUUUUAUUCAAGUCGCACCAACAAAAAGUUCACCUUCAACCAGAAGUAAGAGCUCUUGCAGUUUUCUUAUUUUGGUAUGUGGCUGAAAUGAAAACUUGCAUACUCCAGACCAGUAAUAGCACAUAAUCUGACACCGCUGACAUAGAUUUUAAGAAAGCCAGGGAGAUGGAGCAGGUUUGAGAAGAGUAAAAUGAAAUUCUUAACAUUUCAAAAGGCUCUGCAGAGAAGCCGUUAAAGAAGCUGCUGUUUGGCUUUUGUGCCAGGUGUUGCCUUUUCUUACCCAAACAUGCCAUAGUGUACUAUAGCCAAAUUUGCCUUUGAAGUCAAAGUGAUAUAUUUAGCAUUUUUAUCAUGUGAUAUGUUCAGAAUUAUAUAUAUUUGUGCCGGUCACUCAAGUCAGGAUAAACUGUAAUGAAUCCAUGUAGUCAGUGUCACAGGGUUCACUCUAAAAGUAAAAGAGCUGUACUAAGUAAAUUAUAUCUACAUUUUUAAAUGAUUGAAUCUAUGCAUUGUAUUCCUUAAUUUUAUGUUGCUAUUGUUAUAUUUUCUUUUUCUUUUGAACUUAUUACAGAGAUAUUUUAUUGUAACAUAGCGCUGUGAGAUACUAUGGUGUUGUUGUUGUCAAAACUCUAUGUUCCAGAUAGUUGUAUGGGGAAAAAAAUGAAGUUUAUUUAGAAAAUAGAUGAUGCAGUGAUUGAUAUGCUAAGCUUUUGUAAACUGACAAUGUUGUAUUUCUUGUAUUUAGCUACAGUUUUUAGAAAAUAGCAUCAAAAAGCAAAUUACUUUUAAAAAAAAAUGUAAAGAUAUAUUGCAUUUUUAAAAUGAAAAACGCAAUAUUUAGUCUGUCAGAGAAGUCCUGCUCAAAAUGCAGAUUCUGGACCAAUUUUUGUAAUUUUAUCAAUAGAAAAAUGUUGCACUUUUACUUACAUUUUAUAACAAAGUGCUCCUCAUAAUAAGAGGAAGAGUUCCCACAUAUUUUAAAAUAAAAAUCUGUUACAUUUAACUUAUGCAGGAAAUAAAUUGGAAUUGUGUUGUGUAAUUUGCAAUCAAUAAGAAUAUGUAACUUGUUCAAUAUUAAUGUAUUAAGACCUGAAUAAAUGUACUUCUGUGUUAAA